GACUCGCUGCAGAAAGGUCUUCCAGGAGACCUCCCAACAGUCCACAGGGAAGAGCGGACUCACGAUUCAUUGGCGUGGGGAAGCUCUUAAACAGAGGGACUUCACGAUGGAGGGGUUGAUUGUUUGCAAACAUUUGCUGAUUGAACAUGUCUGGAUUUGCCGAACCUUGGCUUGAGUUUGAAAAGGAGUUUGGGGAGCGCCCGCUCCUAUAUGGGCCCCUGCAGAAUUGUAUCGAUGGCUUCACGAAACUCGGAGCGACUGUGGUCGCGAAAUACACGUUUACGGCUCCUGACCCUUCUGUGAAAACCGAAGACAUGUCAAUCGAUGACCAAUUGCCUAUUCGGAUAUACACACCUGAAGGGUAUUCGGGAGGAAAGCCAGUUGGCGUAUAUUUUCACGGUGGAGGAUGGGCCAUGGGCAAUAUCGACGGCGAUGACCCAUUCUGCAGAGCCAUCGCGAAAGGCGGAGGUGUCGUUGUGGUCUCUGUCGGGUACGGCCUGGCUCCACAGAACAAGCAUCCUGGUUUGAUCAAUGACUGCUGGAAGGGCUUUCAGUGGACAUUGGAGAAUGCGAAGGUACUGGGUGGUGCCGAAGGGAAGAUCUUCACCACCGGAACGUCAGCUGGAGGUCAACUCUGCUUCGCCAUUGCGCUUAAAGCCAUCGAUGAGGGGCUUGGAGAUUCUUUGGUUGGUGUGGUGGCCCAGGUACCUGCAACUAUCCAUCCAGAUGCUGUCCCAGAGAAACUGAAGCCGAAAUGGACUUCGUACAAGGACCAUGCCGAGGACACGAUCAAUACUAAGGACGCUAUGAUCGCAUUCUGGGACGCAUUUGGUGCGCCACCCACUGACGUGUAUGUGUCUCCCCUCCUUCACGACAAGGUCGGAGAGCUGAAGAAGGUUUACAUGACUGUGGCUGGUCAAGACACCUUAAGGGAUGAUGGUCUCCUGUUCAAACAAAGGCUGGAUGAUAACAAAGUUCCAACUGUACUCGAUUUCUACGACGGAUACCCACAUUACCACUGGACAUGGCCAUCAAAGCAUCUUGACAACCCGAGAAAGGAGUAUCUUGCGAACUUGGCAGAGGGAGUACAGUUUGUAAUAUCGUAAUAGGUAUGAAGCGUAAGCG